AUCAGUAAAUCCGUAAAUUCAAUAGCAGAUAUCAUUUUUAGCUUGCAUUUACAAAAUUAGUACUAAAAAUAGCCUCCUACGCCGCAUUAGAUUAAUUUACAACAAAAGCUUUAAAACGUUGGCAGAAAAUGUGAUUAUUAUCAUAUUGUUAAACACACUCAUCUAGUAACAAAUAAAAACCGUUUUAUUAUUUUACGUUAAAAUCGAUUACGCGGUCUGAAUUUUUCGUUUCUCUCGUUCACUUGGUUGCAUCUGAACAAAGUGUGCAGUGAGCUUCAAUAUGACUGUCAGCAGCAGCAAUGGACCCCCAGUAACUCAGCUACGAGCUGAGCCUUCCUUGGACAGUCCAAAUUAUGACUCGCUGAUCUUAGUCGUAUCGCCUGACCAAAAAAUCAGCUCCAACAUUCUUUCCAAAGCUGUGUCAGCAGCCUUAGAGCUCGAUCCAGCCUUAAAAACUGAGCUAGCUUUGCUGCCGGUUCAGCUGCCAGCUAAGCGAUUCAUUUAUGCCCCUACGGGCCCAGUGGAUCCAGAUUAUGACGAUGUACGCGUCUUCCAGACCGCAGGUGCGGCUGGCAUUAAACGGGCCUUGAAAGCAGGCAGCAAAAGACCUUUGCUGGUCCUCGAGGAAAAUCAGACCUUUGCAAAUGGACCUCUCGUUACUCUACUGGAGGUUUUGAGAAGCUUAUAUACGCCUUUGGAGGUGCGGGAACAUGACCCGUCGAAGACACAAAAAGUGGACUAUUUGGGAGUUUGGACAAACAACGAGGCCCAAACCCAAUCGCUCGUCCAACUAGCUGCAGUUAUCGAGUCGGGAAAAAGGGUUGCUUAUGAUAUAGGAGGCGCCGAUCCUGAAAGGAUGGCGCCGCCGAGAGUAGAAGAAUACGUGACUGACCUAUUUGCAAACUCCUCGAUUAAGGUGGAGGUGAUCAGUGAUAUUCAGCGAAUUAAGAAAGAAUAUCCGCUGUUUGAGGCCGUAAACAGAGCCGCCAGCUCCCAAGACCGCCAUAAGGGAAGGAUUAUUUUUCUGGAAUAUCAACCGCCAGAAACACCCAAAGAAACGCUGUUUCUGGUUGGAAAAGGUGUUACUUAUGAUACUGGCGGUGCUGAUGUUAAAGUCGGAGGACAUAUGGUGGGAAUGUCCAGAGACAAAUGUGGAGCAGCUGCCGUGUUGGGAUUCCUCCAGGUAGUGAAUCUUCUGCAGCCGAAGAAUGUUCGAGUUGUGGCAGGAGUGGGCAUUGUGAGAAAUAGCAUCGGCUCAAACAGCUACGUGGCUGACGAAGUUAUAACUGCAAGAUCGGGAGCUAGAGUGCGAAUUAUCAACACCGAUGCCGAGGGACGGAUGAUAAUGGCUGAUAUUUUAUGCAGGUUUAAGGAAGAAGCACUAAAUGCAAUCAACCCGCACUUAUAUACGAUAGCUACUCUGACUGGACAUGCCGUCUUAACAGUUGGAAUUGGAUAUUCUAUAGUUGUGGACAAUGGACCAGCAUACAAAGCUGGACACUCCAGGAAAUUGCAGCAGACAUCUGAGGUGAUAGGCGAUCCCUUUGAAGUAUCCACUCUUAAAAACGUCGAUAUUACGGAACAUCGCGGAGUGAUUGAAGGAGAUGAUGUGGUUCAAGGGCAGAACAAACCCUCCACUCAGUCAAUGCGAGGUCACCAGGGACCAGUAGCAUUUCUGCUUUUGGCUUCUGGUCUGGAUAAGUAUGGAUCAGGGAGCGAUAAACCGAUAAAAUACAGCCACUUUGAUAUUGCGGGUUCUUCAGGAGAUUUUCCAGCUCAUCCUACUGGAGCAAGUAUUACUGCCUUGGCCCAGCACUAUAUUUUAAAAUAAAAACUUAUUUAUCCCAACCAGACGGUGAUGUGAUGAUGAUCACUUAUAUUUAGGUGAAAGUGACCAAAUUUCUUAUAAUUUACUAUAAUAGUAUAGUUUGUAAUAAAAAUGGGUGCAUUUUAACUUC